AUGAGUGAAAUUGCACUCUACACAUUAGUACAAGAUGAAGAAAAGAAAACAUUUGAAGAAAAUGCUGGAAUACCAAUGAACCCUUAUUUGAUAUUACUCGACACAUUGACAAAUGAAACCAACUAUGUAACCCUAGAAGCACAGAAAACACUUGCUAAGGUAUUAUACUACCUUGGAGUUACGACGAACUAUGGGAUUUUUGAUGCUGUGAGAGCAUGUAUUGCUUACCAAGCAAAAAAAGGAGUAUCUCGUGUGGAAAAUGACCGGACAAUUCAAGUGGUUACAAGGAUCACUGCUCAAACAUUACGAUUAUCCAUUCAAGAUGGAGAUGAUCGAGCUACCAAUAUUACACGAGCGUUUGCAAAGACAAUUUUACUUUCUGCCUCAUCAGUGAGUUCUUUCAUUAUAAGCCAUGUGACGGCGAUGGCAUUGCAAACAGAGCAUCUUUCUGAUGGUGAGAAAAUAAUGAAAUUGGGGAAAUUUUGGGCAUCAGUAGUGCAACAUUUUCGGGACGAAUCGAUGGUGUCAGUACUUUCGUGGCAAAAGCGUGCAAUCUUAGUCGGGAACGUGAUAGAGUUGACGUCCAUGUGCUUGUUUGAUGAAGCUCUUGUGGACGUUAUCCCGUUCGUGAUAUCACAGUCGGUGACCCCAUCAUUGGUGCAAUGGGCGUUUGAUGUGAAGCAUACUCAACAAGACCCUAUGGUGUCCAAAGAAGAUUAUGACAUGGAUGAUGAUGGACAAAUAUCGAUUAUUCCUCCAAUCUAUUUGUCUGCUGGAGACUAUACAUUGGACGAAAAUUUGCAGCACGACGCCAAAAACCUAGGCGAUGCUGAGAUAAGUGUGCGUACACAGUGGCAGAAGCUUUGCCACUCGAACUUUAGUGCGCGGUGUCUUGACUUGCUGCUGCGUGCCAGUGAAAGGUCACCAGAGCCAACGCAGCCAGAUGAGAGUGCUGUUUCUCAUUUUUGCCACGUUUUGGCGAUCGUGCUUUUGUAUACAGGACGAUCGUACAUGCUGACUGUAGCAGCAACGUUUGCGAACCCUCCUUCAGCUUUGUUUGCUCUGCUAAGUGCAAUGACCGUCGAUGCAGGCGGCUCUACUUCUUUCACCACCAACACGAGCCUAAUCAACAGUAUGUGGCAGUGGAUUGAUCGAAGCAAUAAGCGCAUCACUAUUCAGCGCUCAACGGAUUCGCCCGCAAAUCUUCCGCCUGUGUUUACAACAUCGCAGUUGGAAGUGCUGCUCAUCUUUAACGUCGUAUACAGUCACUUGCUUCUGGGUCUUGUUGAUGAGACGUUUUACUAUGGGCAAUGGCCACUUCGUUUGGUUGACGUGGAAGCUUUGGUGGCGUUUCUGAAGCAGUUCAUCUACGACAUGUGCUGGAUAAUUACUAGAAACAACACGUUGUCAGUCAGUAACAUGGACGAAAAGGAGCUGGUGUUGUUCUCGACGGUUGUGACAUCUAUCAAGCUAUUCAACCAGCUUUACGAUCGGGAUUGUCGACGUCGGUUCAUGCUCGAUGGUGCGUGGCUGUGGCCUUCGAUGCCUGUGAUUAAAGAGGUCGUGGACCUUGAAUUGAUGAAGGAGGACGGCAAUCAUGAUGCGCACGCAAUCUACAUGCUGAUGAAUGGGAAGGUGCCAAAUUUAUAUGCGCGCGCGGCACUCAUCCUUGUUACGAUCCCGCAAGUGUUGUCAUUUAACGAACGUGUACAGCUCUUUCAAAAAUUGCUCGAAGACGGAAAGACACAUCUUGGCCACGUCCGUGACGAGUUUUCGCGGGCUUUGCACGUUGAGGUGAAGCGUGAUGAGAUUGUAGACGACAGCUUUAAUUUCUUUCAGCAAGUGUGCGACACCAUGUCUCCUGCAGCCCUCAAGCUGCGCAUCAAGGUCACAUUUUUUAAUGAACAAGGACUGGAGGAGGCAGGCGUCGACGGUGGUGGCGUGUUCAAGGAGUACAUGGACAGUUUGACGAAGAUGGUAUUCUCGCCAGAAUACGGCUUCUUUCUGGAAACGGACGAACGUCUCCUUUAUCCUAACCCAGGUGCUAGAUACGUCGUAGAUACGCGAAAGGAGGCGCUCGACCGCUAUCGCUUUCUGGGACGAGUUUUGGCGAAAGCUGUAUUCGAAAAUAUUCUUGUGGAGCCGCAGUUCGCCGCAUUUUUCCUCAACAAACUUUUAGGCAAGUUCAACUACAUUGAUGACUUACAUUCAUUGGACCCGGAGCUGUACACGUCGCUUAUGCGCCUUAAGCACUACGACGGUAAUGUGGAGGACCUAGCUUUGACUUUCAGCGUGAGCGAGAUGGAGUUUGGGAAAGUGGUGUCACGGAACCUCGUACCGGAUGGAGCUAACAUUCCCGUCACAAACGAAAAUCGAAUUCGCUACAUCCACUUGAUGGCCAACUACAAGCUAAACGUAGUGUCAUCAAUUGAAAGUGCCGCAUUUCUCAAGGGCUUUCGCGAUUUGAUCCCGGGUACAUGGAUUCAAAUGUUUGCGCCUGCUGAGCUGCAGAUGCUUAUCGGCGGCACUGCUACGAAUAUCGACGUCGAUGACUGGGAACUCCACACGGAGUACGGAGGUGGCUAUCACCCGUCUCAACGGGUUAUUCAGUGGUUUUGGGAGAUCGUAAGGCGGGACUUUACGACGGAAGACCGUGCAGCGUUGCUCAAGUUUAUUACAAGUUGUUCUCGUCAGCCUUUGCUUGGUUUUUCGAAGUUGGUACCACAGAUUUGUAUCCACCAGGUCCGUGUUGAAAACGACGAGCGGCUACCAUCCAGUGCCACGUGCAUGAAUCUACUCAAGCUACCACAUUACUCUAGCAAGGAGUCUAUGCACAAGAAGCUGCUGUAUGCCAUCCGAUCCAACGCAGGCUUUGACCUCUCUUGA